CUUUUCCUACAAAAACCCUCAAAUCUAAGCAGCAGAAAGAAGAUCAUUCAACAUUCAUUCUCCUACUUUUCCAAUUUGGUUUUCUAGAAUUUUUCUUCACAACCAUUCAUCUCGAAAAAUCUUCAACAUUUCUCUCAUAUAUUUAUAAAUUUCCAGCAAGACACCUAGCUCUAUCUUAAUUCUCAUAACACACAAAAACCAAAAACAAGAAGAAAAAAAAGAGUCAAAUAUGAAGAGCAAAGGGAGUCACGGCCAGAACAGAUUCAUGCGAAUUAUUGCAUUACCUUGGAAGGCAUUAAUAAAAGCAAGAGAUUGUUACGUGGGAAGCAUGAAUAAUUACGCUGUAGUAAAUCCUAGGAGUUUGCCAAAGAGUUAUAGUGUUACAUCGUCAAGGUCAAAUGAUAGUGAAGAUUUUAGAGAUCUUGUUAGAGCAGCAUCAGCUAGGAACAUGGGAGAGAAUUUUGAACUGAAUUUACUCAUACAACAACAAAUAAGACAACAAUUGCAACAACAAAUGCCUUCAAGAAAAGUGCCUAGAAGUGUUAGUGUUGGAAUGGGAAGAAUUGAUGAAGAUAAACCUUAUGUUUUAGGAGAUCAAGAAGAUGUUAAUAUGAUGUUAAUGAAGAAUGAUUUGAAGUUUCCUAGAAGUAGAAGUCAUGCUGUCUCAAAGACAAACAAUGUUCAUGUCUUUUAAUUCUUGCUAAGGCUUAUUAGGUGGAUUGAGUGUGGGAAAUUUGAUUACUUUCUUGAGAAUUUUGAGGAAGAGGAAUUUUCUUGUAUUUGUUUUCCAAGCUAGGUAUGGAAAUGCAACUAUUAAUCUUUGUUUGAUAGGAAUGUCUUGAUUGUCUCUUAAGUUUUGUUUCAGUGUCAAUGUAAAUAUUUCAAAUUUCAACCUA